AUGUCUGUCAGCUGGAACCAACUCUGCCUCAGCCUGCUGCUGAUCGUUUGCAGCCUUCUAGCCCUUACUACUGCCCAGCCGCCCAUCACGCCACGCAAGUGCCCCGCGAACGAGUCGUACCUCCCGUGCGGCCCCAGCUGCCAGACGGAGUGCUCAACUCUGGGCCAGCCCUGCCUUAUCCGGCACAUACGCUGCCCCGAUGGAUGCUACUGCAACGAGGGCUAUGCCCGCAACUCACGUGGCGCCUGCAUACCCCAGGGACAGUGUCGCAAGUAAAGGUAUUCCACAAAAAGGGAGGGCAUCUAGGUACAUAUAAAUAAAACCCCUCUGGGAUGAUGAUUCAUGACACUGAUAAA